GACAGCUGUUUGUUUAGGGAAAAGUGACUCCUGCUGUGGAGGAGAGGCGAUCACUCACGAUGCCAGAGCCGGUCAAAAAAACAAUUUCAGCAUUUGCCAAGAAACCAAAGACUAAGGAGGCAGAGGAAGGUUCCUCUGUGCUCUUUGAAGCAGAGACUGAGAAACCAGACACUAAAGUGAAAUGGCAGUGCAACUCAAAGGACAUUUCCAGCGGCGACAAAUGCAUGAUCACAGCCGACGGAAACAAGCACUCUCUCACUAUAAAAGCAGUAGCCCGGGACGAUGCCAAUAUCUAUGCGGUGAUUGCUGGGGGGUCAAAAGUCAAGUUUGAGCUGAAGGUCCUACCAAAGCCAGAAGCUCCAGUCAAGGCCCCUGCUGAGGCCCCUGCUGAGGCCCCUGCUGAGUCCCAAAAGGCAGAAGCAGCAGAACAAGCACCACCUGGAGCCGCACCUCCAGGGGAAGACGCUGUGGCACCAGCACACAAUGGUGCUCCAGCUGAGGACCUUCCAGACACCAGACAGGACCUGACUGGACUCUUCACAGAGAAACCCCAGAGCGGAGAGGUCACACAAGGUGGAAACAUCACCUUUGUGGCAAAAGUGAACGUCGAGUCGUUGCUGAAGAAACCGACCGUCAAGUGGUUCAAAGGGAAGUGGAUGGACCUCGCCAGCAAAUCUGGGAAACACCUGCAGCUGAAGGAGUCAUUCGACCGCAACACUAAGGUCCACACGUUUGAGAUGCAGAUCAUCGAUGCCAAGCCCAACUUUGCAGGAGGCUACAGAUGUGAGGUUUCCUCCAAAGACAAGUUUGACAGCUGUAAUUUUGAUCUGAGUGUCCAUGAGGCUCGUGCAACUGAGGGCUUUGACAUUAGAGCAGCAUUCAGGCGCACGAAUGAGGCUGGUGGUGUGAAGAGGAAUGGACCAUCCACAAGUAGCACCGAGGGGAACGACGACUCGGGAGAGCUGGAUUUCAGCACCUUGUUGAAGAAGAGAGACAGUUUCUUAAAACACUCCAAUCGUGCCGUGCACGUGAGCGCCGACCCCGACGUGGACGUGUGGGACAUCCUGAGCCACGCCCCCGCUUCGGAAUACGAGAAGAUCGCGUUCCAGCACGGCAUCACCGACCUGCGAGGCAUGCUGAAGCGACUGAAGAAGAUGAAGAAGGAGGAGAAGAAAAGCGCAGCGUUCAUGAAGAAGCUGGACCCUGCUUACCAAGUGACCAAGGGCCAUAAAAUCAAACUAGCGGUUGAGGUCGCCAAUGCAGAUGUGGAGGUGAAAUGGCGGAAGAACGGGCAGGAUAUCCACCCAACUGGAAGCAAGUACAUUUUUGAGAGCGUCGGCAACAUGCGUUACCUCACCAUCAACAACUGCUCGUUGGCGGAUGACGCCGCGUAUUGUUGUUUGGUGGGUGAGGAGAAGUGCACCACUGAGCUCUUUGUUAAAGAGCCCCCUGUUGUGAUUGUGAAGAACCUGGAGGAUCAGAUGGUCAUGAAUGGAGAGCGGGUGGAGCUGGAGUGUGAAGUCUCAGAGGAAGGAGCCAAUGUUAAAUGGGAGCGAGACGGCGUGGAGCUGACGAGAGACGAGUCCUUCAAGUACCGCUUCAAGAAAGACGGCUGCAAACAUUAUCUGAUCAUCAACGAGGCCACGAAGGACGACUGCGGCCACUACAAGGUCAAGACAAACGGCGGGGAGUCCAUGGCGGAGGUCAUGGUGCAGGAGAAAGAGCUGGAGGUCUACCAGAGCAUCGCAGACCUCACAGUGAAGGCCAAGGAUCAGGCCGUGUUCAAGUGCGAGGUGUCGGAUGAGAAAGUAAGAGGGACCUGGUUCAAGAAUGGCGUGGAAGUCAAGCCUGACGCCAGAGUAAAUAUCACACACAUUGGCAGAAUCCACAAACUGACCAUUGAUGAUGUGAAACCAGAGGAUGAGGCCGACUACACUUUCGUGCCAGACGGCCACGCUUUCAACCUCUCUGCCAAACUCAAUUUCUUGGAGGUGAAGAUCGAUUACGUGCCACGCCAAGAUCCUCCCAAGAUCCACCUGGACUGCGUGGGUCGCACUGCGGACUCAACCAUCGUGGUGGUGGCGGGUAACAAACUGCGUCUGGACGUCCCAAUCACCGGGGAUCCGGCUCCCACUGUGGUCUGGACCAAAGGGGAGAAGGCUAGUUCUCUAAAACCCGGCGGAGGGGAGAACGGAAAGACGGCAACCUCUUGGACCGUGAAGGACGGGAAAGUGAUCACAGAAGGAGACGGGAGGGUCCACGUUGAAACCACCAAGGGCCACUGUAUCUUCACCAUCGAGGGGACCGAGAGGCAGGACGAGGGAGGCUACUCCGUCGUGGUGCGAAACCCCGCGGGCGAGGACACCGCAGACAUCCACGUGAAAGUUGUCGAUGUUCCAGAUCCUCCCAAGCUCCCAGAAUCCUCAGUGGCAGAGGACUCCUGUGUCGUCCAAUGGGAUCCUCCUCUGUUUGACGGUGGACAGCCAGUCAUUGGCUACGUGCUGGAACGGAAGAAGACAAAGAGCUACAGGUGGAUGAGGCUGAACUUUGACCCGUACCCAGACACCACCUAUGAAGCCAAGAGGAUGAUUGAAGGCAUUCCGUAUGAGAUGCGAGUCUAUGCCGUCAACAGCAUCGGCAUGUCCCGGAACAGUCCCGCCUCACAGCCGUUUGUGCCAAUGGCCCCGACAAGUGAGCCGCUCGGACUGUGCGUGGACGACAUCAACGACACUUCCAUCUCGCUGAAGUGGCGGCGGCCUGAGCGGAUCGGCUCCUGUGAGCUCCAGGGAUAUGGGGUGGAGUACUGCAAGGAGGGAACGGAUGAGUGGAUCCCAGCCAUUCAGGGUCUGACUGAGAGGACGUCGCUGGUCGUCAGGGGCCUCAACACCGGGGACAAGUUGCACUUCCGCGUGCGGGCCUACAACAUGGCGGGACCCAGUCCCCCCUCCACUCUGGAUCAAGCCGUCACCAUCAGAGAGAUCAUGCAACGUCCAAAGAUUUUCAUCCCCAGAAAUCUCCGCCAGACUCUCAUCAAGAAAGUUGGCGACACUGUCAACAUCAUGAUUCCCUUCCAGGGAAAGCCCAGGCCACAGGUCACGUGGAGCAAAGACGGCGAGCCUCUAAACCCUUCCUACGCCAGCGUGAGAAACAGCGACGUAGACACCAUCCUCUUCAUUCGCAGGACGGACAGACAGCACUCAGGGAAGUACGAUCUAAAGGUCCAGAUUGAGAACGUGGAGGACACGGCGUGUGUCAACCUGCAGAUUGUCGAUCUGCCAGGACCUCCUCUGAAUCUGAAGAUCAUGGAUAUCUGGGGCUUCAACGUGGCCCUUGAGUGGAAGCCACCAACGGAUGAUGGUAACUGUGAAAUCACUGGUUACACCGUUCAGAAAGCUGACAAGAAAACCAUGGAGUGGUUCACAGUCUGCGAUCAGUACAGGCGAACCAACUGCAUUGCCUCUGACCUCAUCAUGGGGAAUGAGUAUGUCUUCCGGGUCUUUGCCAUGAACCUGGUGGGUCUCAGCCCUGAGGCGUGCAACACCAAGGACAGUGCUUACAUCCAGAAAACAGGGAUGGCGUACAAGCCGCCGUCCUAUAAGGACCACGACUUUGCAGAGGCUCCCAAGUUCACGCAUCCUUUAGUGAGCCGUUCUGUCAUAGCAGGAUACAAUGCCACCCUCAGCUGCUCGGUCAGAGGCAUACCAAAGGUCAGUACGUUCAUGACACAAAAGUUCUCUUCACCAUCUCUUGCUGAUCCUUGCCGGGCUUUUGCGCUCAUGUGGACAGAAUAA